AUGUCUGACACAACUCAAACCAAGGAAGAGAAGAUCACUGAUCUCGACAACAAGAUUGCUGAGAUCUUGGUCCUCAACGACCAAUACUGGGCGUCCAUCGACAAGAUUAGUCUACAGCUUCUCGAGGAUGAUGAGUUCACCUCGACUCAGGUAUCCCGGAUGCAGAGAGACCGAAGUACGUUGCUUAACAAGGUCAUGGAUCUCAAACCCCUCAUCAGGAAAUACGAUGAGGAGUUGCGUCUUCUCAAGGCGGAGGCUCCGGCCCAGCAUUAG